UAUUUCCAAUAUUGGGGAUAGAUUUUUCUUUGUUUCUUCCAGCACGAGAAGUGGAAAGAAAGAAUACACCGGGAGAGAAGCGAGUAGCAAAGAAAGAGGAAGAGAGGCGGAAUAUAGGCAAUUGAAGCUCCCACUGCUACGUGUAUGGCGUCUAGGGUUUCUGCUUUACACUCCCACUGAAAUCUUUACCCCAUAUUUAGUUUCUGCUGCUCCCUGUUUCAUCGUAUUCGAAACCCUAAUUCUUCAUGCACCAAUCUCCAUUGCUGUUCACUCCACUUCAAGAUUACCUUUGAAGUCGGGUCAAUUUUGCCUCACUUUGCGAUGGGCGCGCCAGAUAGAUCUCCGGCGACCUCCAAUUCUAUGCAGCGUGUCAAAGUAUAUCGUUUGAAUGAUGAUGGAAAAUGGGAUGAUCAAGGAACUGGGCAUGUUACUGUCGACUAUUUGGAGAGAUCAGAGGAGUUGGGAUUGUGUGUUUUUGAUGAAGAGGACAACGAGACUCUACUUCUACAUCGUAUUAGUUCAGAAGACAUUUACAAAAAGCAAGAAGAUACUAUAAUCUCUUGGAGAGAUCCAGAAUAUUCUACGGAGUUAGCUCUUAGCUUUCAAGAGACAACUGGAUGUUCGUACAUAUGGGAUCACAUUUGCAAUGCGCAAAGGAAUCUCCAUUUUAAUUCUCUCAACAACGAUACGUUCCACAGCAUGAACAGUGAGUUGAGGGAGUUGCCUGCAGUUGAGCUAUCAACACUGCCACUAUUACUUAAGAUUGUGGUUGAAAGUGGCAUUACAGAUCAGAUGCGAUUGGUGGAACUCAUAGUAUCUAAUCAAGAAUUUUUUAAGAAGCUGAUGGACAUAUUUCAUAUCUGUGAAGACGUGGAAAAUCUAGAUGGUCUUCACAUGAUAUUUAAAAUAGUCAGAGGGAUCAUUCUGCUGAAUAGUCCACAGAUAUUUGAGAAAAUUUUUGGCGAUGAAUUAAUCAUGGAUAUCAUUGGUUCUCUAGAAUACGAUCCAGAGGUACCUUAUGUCCAGCGUCAUCGUAAUUUUUUAAAAGAGCAUGUCAUUUUCAAAGAGGCCAUACCCAUCAGGGAUACAUUGGUCUUGUCGAAGAUACACCAAACAUACAGAAUUGGCUAUCUCAAGGAUGUUGUUUUGGCUAGAGUAUUGGAUGAGUCCACAAUUGCAAAUCUAAAUUCCAUUAUCCACGGAAAUAAUGCGCUGGUUAUUUCUUUGUUGAAGGAUGACAAUACAUUUAUUCAGGAGUUGUUCGUUAGGCUGAAAUUGCCAACAACCUCCGAAGAAUCUAAGAAGAAUUUGGUACAUUUUUUGCACGAGUUUUGCAGUUUAAGUAAAAAUUUGCAGAUGGUUCAGCAACUACGGCUAUUUAGGGAUCUUAUGAAUGAGGGAAUUUUUGAUGUUAUUGCUGAUGUAUUACAAAGUCAAGAUAAAAAGUUUGUACUGACUGGGACAGACAUCCUUAUUCUUUUCUUGAACCAAGAUCCUAAUCUUCUACGUUCUUACGUUGUUAGGAAGGAAGGGAUUCCACUCUUAGGACUAUUGGUUGAAGGCCUGAUUACAGAUUUUGGGGAGGAGAUGCACUGUCAGUUUUAUGAAAUCCUUCGUUGUUUACUGGAUUCCUGCACUUUAUCAGGAGCGCAGAGAGAAACUGUUAUCGAGAUGUUCUAUGAGAAUCAUUUGGGUCAAUUAAUUGAUGUUAUAACAGUUUCAUGCCCUUCAGAAGGUCUUUAUCCGUCAAGCAACAAAAUUGGGAACUCUGGUGUAUUAAAGAAUCAGAGCACUGUAAAGCCUGAAAUACUAUCCAACAUAUGUGAAUUGCUUUGCUUUUGUGUUCUGCACCAUCCUUAUAAAAUAAAGUGCAACUUUCUCGUGAAUAAUGUCAUAGAUAAAGUUUUGUUACUUACUCGAAGAAAAGAAAAGUAUUUGGUUGUUGCAGCUGUUCGGUUUGUUCGUACUAUUUUAUCUCGCCAUGAUGAUGAUCUGAUUAGCCAUUUUAUAAAAAAUAAUCUUCUAAAACCAAUUAUAGAUGCGUUUGUUGCUAACGGGAAUCGUUACAACCUGCUCAAUUCUGCUGUUUUAGAUCUAUUCGAGUUUAUCCGCAAGGAAAACCUUAAAUCUUUGGUUAAGUACAUAGUCGAUUCAUUCUGGAAUCAGUUGGUUCAGUUUGAGUAUUUGGCUUCAAUUCAGUCUCUAAAAGUUAAAUAUGAGCAGUGCUUAGAUGAUUUUGGCACAAGAGGUACAACUAAUAACGUGUUAGACCCUAGAAAAAGAAUUGAGGAGCGUGCUUUGGAGAAAGAAGAAGAGGAUUAUUUUAAUGAAGAGAGUGAUGAAGAGGAUACUGCAACUGCAUCUGUUUCAAAUGUACAGAAAGCGCAAUCUCCACCUGUUCUAUGUAAUGGAGUUGCUGCAGCUUAUCCUUCACCAAGUCCUCGACCUGGUGGACUUGUUGACUAUGACGACGAUGAAGAUGAUGAAGACUACAGACCACCGCCAAGAAAACAACCAGAAACCUUGGAUGACGAUGAUGGAGCAUUGCACACCCUCAGGUUGAAGCGGAAACCCGUUCACAAGGAUAAAGAAUCUGAGAAGGUAAAGAAGCAGCGACUGGGAAAAAAUCCUAAGACGAAAGAUGGGGUAUUUGCUGUCUUGUGUUCGACACUGAGCCAGGCAGUUCUGCCUAAUAAGAAUACAGUGAGCUCCCAGCAUUCUAGGCCCAAUUCAAUUGAUGGGAACAUGAGUUCAGAUCAAGAGAGUUGCAAAGUCAACGAUCAGAAUGCUAUAAGAAGCUCAACUGAUCGCGACAGUAAUUUGGGUGAGGAGAACCAGACAGAAAGCCAACCAAUUUCUUCUAAAAAGUGUUCUGAACCAUUGCUUAAACCAUCAGAUAAUAGACAGUUGAAUGGAGAAGACUGUUCAUUGGUUCCUCCAAACUCGUCACCUGAAAUGACUGUAAAUGGAUCAUAGGUUAUUUCUUUGCAUCAGGAUCAGGAUGAUUGCGAUUUUCUUCCAUUGUUGUUUGCCUUGUGAAUAUGCUUUGUGCGAAAAGGGAUGCGGGCUAGUCUUGGAACUCGACUAAUUCGAAAAGGAAGAAGGAACGAAUUGGCUUUCAAGGCUUUCCAUCCAAGGCAAGGAGCUGCUAGUUGAUGAUGGCUGUAUAAUAGUACUGACAGUGAUGAAUGGGAAGCUACUCGUGUUUGCAUUUGGGCGCUCGUUGCUUUAAGUUGAACAGUUGUUGGCAUCAAUUUUGUUAUCUGAUUUCAACCCUCCCCCCACCCCAAACGUAAAAGAGAUAGGGUGUAUACAAAUAUUUAUAUCCAUGGGUUCGUUCAGCUGUGUAAACUAAUGUGAUUCAGUAGAUUAGGGACACUCAGGCAGAGGCUUGCAAGUCCCUACCAAAAAGGAUAUGGAUUUUAGUACUCAAUUCAGUUUGAGGUGGAGUGUGAAUUCACUUGGUCAAAUUUUAUCUUUACGUUCUCCUGAA